AAAGGGGCAAUUACAGGGUUUGUCUUGUACUUGUUUAAAACAUUUAAAUGAGUUGAGUUUGGUGUUGGUGAUUGAUAAAAUCAUUUUUGUGUUUGUAUUUUUAAAAUUAGCGGUAUUAUUUUCCAUAAAGUGCGGGUCGGUAAAACAGUUCCCGGCAAGUUUGUGAUGUAAACUGUGGAUGUAAAUACGUUUGAAUCGAAAAUUUUUAAAUAUUUAUCUCUCCGAGUCAAGCUUUGAGGAUUGCCCCGUAGAAUGCCUUCGUCGGUUCGCCCUAAGGGUUCUGGUGGAGGUCCUCGCGCCCCCCCAGUCACUCCGAUGUCCGAGCGCCAGCAAAUGGCCCUUUUAAUGCAAAUGACAUCGUCCGCGAACGACGUGGGGUCCCGCAGCCCCAGCAGCUCGAAUUCUUCUCGUUCACGCGACCGAAACGAAAGAGGUGAAACACCGUUGCAUUUAGCUGCAAUUAAAGGCGAUGUUGAACAAGUUUGUAAAUUAUUGGCACACCGGGCUGAUCCUAACGCUACUGAUUUCGCUGGUUGGACGCCCCUGCACGAGGCCUGCAACCACGGGUGGUACGAGGUCGCCUUUCGGUUGGUGCAAGCGGGGGCGAAUGUGAACGCCAAGGGGCACGAAAACGAUACGCCCCUGCACGACGCUGCAAUGAACGGACACAUCAAGUUGGUCAAACUUUUGGUGGAGCGCGGGGCGGAUAUCCAUGCGAAAAAUUCAAAGGGCAAGACGCCGCUGGACGUCGCGACGCCCGCUGUCACGCCUUAUUUACACAACCCGAGUCUACCCCUCCCAGAAUCGACAGCAUCGACUCGAGUACAACCGCGCGUGAGGGAUGACAAAAAAGUCACUUCUGAGACAACCAAAACCAAACAAGACGAAACAAUGGACACAACUAAAACAACGGAAGAUGUGUACGAAUUUAAAUCAGUAAAAGAGUCAGAACAGACUCAGGAACAAAAAAGCGACGCUCAGGAGAGCACUAGUGAACAGAGUGAAACCAUAAGUGUUCCCACAACACAAACAGAGGAAAGCUCGAAGAGAAAUUUCUCAGAAAUCGCCGAUUCAAACGAAGAAGUCAACGACGACGAAAGCAGAAGAAAAAAACGGAAAGAAGAAGGAAAUAAAGACGGGAAAACCCCCACACAGAGGAACACGAAUCAGGCCAAAAGUCAAAGCGGAAAACAGGGCGUUGCAGCCCAAGGGAAGCAAACACAAGCCACAGCUGCGGGCAAAACCGGCGAGAAGAAAAGCCCUUGUUCUAGCCCCAAACCUGCCAGUAACAGUGACGCUGAAGUGGAAGAUGGCAAAUCAGAUUUAAAAGUCCCGCCUUUAAAAAUCGUAAUUCCUCAAAGCGGAAAUAACGAACAGGAAACCGGUACGAGUCGUAACGGGAAAAACAGCUCGCAACGCACCCAUCCGUUGCCGUACGUCGUCGCAAGUUCGAAUAGUAGCGACUCGACCGAUAAGGAAAUGACACCCGGAAACGCCAGUCCGGAGUCCGGUUCAAAAGAGGAGAAAAAGGAUGCGAAUCCGGGUCAGUCUGAUGAGCAAAGGGGGUCUAGUCAUCAGAGGGUGUUGCGCAGUUCGCAUCGGUCGGGACCGACGCAAGGCACCGACAGGGGGAGCAAUAAUUCGUCGCCGCAGCUGCAGAGGUCGCAUUCACCGUCACCGUCGGCCUCGCCGGCGACGCCGUCGACGCAAAACGAGGUGACGACGGCGUCGGGGACGGCCAGUACGCAGUCGAAGACGGCGGACGCACAAGCGACGACAAGUAAUGAGACGGAGACGACGGCGGCGACGACGACGUCGACGAGUACGACGACGACGGCGCCGGUUGAGUUGCAUCCAAGGAAGAGGAAGAUGAAGCCAAAUAAGGAUGUGCCGGUGGCGCCCCCUGAGACGCAGGAAACGCCAGCUGAGGCGCAGAUACACCCCCAUGACCAGCCCAUAACCAACUGUUAUCAGCUAUUUUUGAAUAUCAGGAAGCAGAUUGAUAAGAGGCGGAGAGGAUUGUUUCCGGUCCAGCCUAAGCCACCGCAAGGCUUCAAAGAUUAUUUAAUGAAUCGGUGUACGUAUGUCUUAGCAAGCACUGCUCCCACAACCCCCAAUAUCUCCUAUCCUCCCACUUUACCUCCCCAGAUGAAAGAUUUGUUUACUGAACAAGAAAAGGAGAGAUACAGACUGAGGAUGCAGCACGUGAUCGAAAAAGAAAAAUUGGUUUUGUCCGUUGAACAAGAAAUUUUACGAGUGCAUGGUCGAGCGGCGCGUGCACUUGCUAAUCAGUCACUUCCUUUUUCGGUUUGUACGAUUUUGAGGGACGAGGAGGUUUAUAAUUUGAUUACGCCGGAACAGGAGGAGAAAGAUCGAAAUGCCCGAUCUAGAUAUAACGGGAGGUUGUUUUUGAGUUGGUUGCAGGAUGUGGAUGACAAGUGGGAGAAAAUAAAAGAGCACAUGUUGUUGCGACAUCACAACGAAGCCGAAUCGUUGCAUGCCGUACAAAAAAUGGACUGGGAGUGGAAAAUGAAAGAACUGAGUUUGUGUGAUAAAAAGUCGACUCCUUCAAUUGAUGAACAUCAUGUUCCUAUGGUUCAUGUCAGUGAUGAUUUUGAUCUCCUUCCUGCCUAAAAUGUGAUUGAAAGUAGCUUUAAGGACUGAGUGGUUUGUUUCUAAAUCUGUGACACAAAUAUUUAGUAGAGUAAGAAGUGUAAUAAAAAAUAUUCUUAGCAUGUGCAAAUAUAAAAAAUAGUUAACAAUCUCAAUAUAAAAAUACAUUUCUUGAUAAAA